UUUUACACUUUGAUCUUCCUUCCUAGAGUCAGAGCGGCCCUCUUAGUGUAACCUGAGGAGCUUCUUGGCUUGCUCAUCCUGUCUGUCUCCUUGGCAUUUUUUUCCCUCUCUUUCUCUUCAGUUUCAGGAGUGCUGCCUUUUGUCAUACUUUAGGCAACAACAGCAAGAAGGGGAAGCAACUUAUCUUAAAAGGCAAUAUGGACAGAGAAUAUACACGCAACGGGGAGACCAUCGCUCUCAAUAAACCAAAUGACAUAGAGGUGGUGACAUCGCCGUCAGGCAAAGUGUAUCGGCCCAUCAACAUGAACCACUACGCCACCAAGAAAAGUGCAGCUCAGAGCAUGCUGGACGUGGCCUUAUUGAUGGCCAACUCGUCCCAACUUAAGACAGCUCUUUACGUGGGGCCUCAGUACCGUUUUUACAUCCCCCUUGUCGUCCUACUGUGUCUGUCCAUCACGCUGCAAGUCAUCGUGGGCCUUCUGCUCGUUUUCAUAGGCAAGUAAGAUCUGAACGACGUGCGUAAACACGCCAAGUUGAACAGGAUGAACAAUGUGGCAACUGUUUUGGUUUUCUUCACGGUCCUCAUCAACAUCUUUAUCACGGCGCUGGGCUUUGAGGGACACACUCUCAGGCCAUCACAUCAUAGCAUGAUGGUUGAAGCAGCACCUCAGAAAUCCCUCCAACCAUCUGAACGCAACAUGACUGGCCUUUGAACAAGUACUUUUAAUCUGUGAUCGAAUGCAAAGUUUGCACGUUACACAUCACGUGACAGUUUUUCAAUUUGUACAUAGAGCUUUGGUUUGCCACUCCAAAUGUUGCAUAAUUCAUGAUUUUCUAUCAACAUACUGCCUCUAUGCUUGUGUUACUAUGAAAUGAAAUGACCAUAUAUUUGUCUUAUACUGACAUGUCAGCAUUGUUGUUAUCGCCGAUGUAAAUUGCAAGGGGCCAUCUUUUCAUUGUUAUUGCUGAAUAGCAAAGGAACGACACGUUAGGAUUCAGUACCAGCGCACUGCUUGCAUUGGGAAAGGCCCUCAUUUAUUUGAAAUGAAACGAGAUGACGGAAGCAUUCAGCAGACAUUCAGCAUUCAGCUAGAAUUCAUCACAUUGCACAAACAAAAGUGCCGUAAUAUGACACCUGGCAGACACCUACAUGAAGUGAGCAUGCGGUUCUUAUUUACAGCAAUAACUGCUACAACUACAGUUAUUUAAACAUGUUAAAAAAAGUUUAACCCCGAGUUGAUUAAGACACAAGUCACAAAACCUUGUGCAUAGUUUAGAGAUUUUCUUUCCCAAUCUUCAUUGGGCCAAAGCACAUCUUUUCCAAAAGAAAAAUCUCACACUACACCACUAAAGAUAAGUAUCGCAAAAGGGUUGUAAAUAUCAAAACUGAAAUAUUGAUCUCAUCUUAAUUUAAUAGGCGCAGUGUGAAAGCUGUUCUAAGGACGACAAUGUGCAUAUUACCGCCAUUAAUUAGACCUUCUGCCAUCUUGCUAGAAGAUUAUAUUUUGCUUGUCAUUAUCGCCGGCAUAGAUAAGCAAACAUAAAUUAGUAUUGUUGCAAAUAAUUUUGUAAAAUCAUUGACCGCUCCACAGCGCCCCUGAUGAGAACACAGUGUUGGGAAUCAAGUGUUUACUUUCGAGUUUGUAGUGAAAUACAGUAAGUGAGGAUGUUUGGUUUGACACGAUUUGGACAGCCAUUUACUGUAGAAAUAUAAAGUGUUUUUAGUUAAAAAAAAUUACACAAUCAUAUACAUAAUCAAUACAAAUAGCUUUUAGACCAGACAUACAAAGCCUUAAAAGCAAUGACAACAUUUAAAACAAAGGACUAUAACGGGGGUGGGCAAACUUUUUGGCUGGGGGCCGCAUUGACUUUUAAAAUUUGACAGAAGGGCCAGGUCAGCACAAGCUAUGGUACAUUAAAAAAAACUGCAUUUGUUGACAGUCCAUAUCAAACAUCAAAUGAACAAAAGCAUGAACGUACUGUAUUAAUAUACUUUUUUAAAAGACAACAGUGUUGUUGAUGACCUAUUUUAGCCUGUGCAUUGCUGCAGAUGGGUUGUGAUCAGACCAGUAGAAGUAGAGCGAUACAGAGGUUCAAGGUGGUCGAUAAGAUUCCCCUCCGUGUUCUGCAACUUCAAGUCAAUGCGCUACCUGGCGGUGAAAUGUCUGUCAUUACAAGUCCAAGUAAAAGGAAUGCAAUCAUUCACAUCGAAUCCGAAAGAUUUGAUGCAUUUUUGCAAUGCAAACUUGGGCAUAUGUCAUGUCAUCAAAACAUGCCACACUGACUGACUUCUACCAAAAAAAAAAAAGGACAAAUAACAAAAAAAUAAACAGAGAUGCACCAAUAAAGGAUUACAAAAAGGGGUGUCAAUAUUUAUGCAACUUAAUUUUUUUCCCCCUCGGAAAAAAAUUAGAGUUUAACAGGUCAUAGGUCAAAUUAAUGGCGGAAAAAGAGUUGUUAAAUGGUGUAUCUUGGUCUCAUUUGUCAUAUCACAACAUUUUGAGAUUUGGACAGGGGCCUGUAUCAUUUUUAGACCCACUACAUCUUGAAGGCUCAGUCUGUUAAAGAGCAAGGCCCAGUUU